AUGGCGCCAUCAGAGGAUUACCGAAACAUCUUUCACUGGGCUGAGACCCAAAAGGAUGGAAGUAUCCCCUCCUUUGCGACUCGAAAGAAUGAUCCGUAUACGUACCUCUCUGGCUUCAACAAUCACCAUGAAUCAGAGGCUAUUCCUGGGACUAUUCCCCAGGGACAGAAUAGUCCGCGAUGUGUCAGAUUCGGGCUUUAUGCUGAGCAGAUGACCACGUCGUUUGGUGCUUCUCGCCAAGCUAACAAGAAUUCGUGGCUGUACCGCGCGAGACCUGCUGUUGCUCACCAGGGAUUCACGGAUAUGCCCAAGGUUGAAGGGACGGAGAGCUGCUUUCUGCCUCUUAACUCUGCCGUCAGAAUCUCACCAACUCAAUUAGCAUGGCUCCCCUUUGACAUCUCCGAAGGCACCGACUUCAUCUCUGGCCUCCGCACUAUCGCCGGCUCAGGCGACCCUACCCUUCGCGAAGGUCUCGCAACACACAUCUUCUCCGCCACAAAGAGCAUGGAGAAGCGCGCCUUUGUAAACUCGGACGGCGACUUUCUCAUCAUCGCACAGCAAGGCAAUCUCGACAUCCAAACUGAAUUCGGCAAUCUCUACGUCCAGCCCGGUGAGAUCUGCGUCAUCCAGCGCGGUCAACGCUUCAAGGUCGCUGUCGAAGGACCAACCAGGGGCUAUAUCCUCGAAGUCUGGGGUUCGCACUUUGACCUUCCUGAGCUGGGACCUCUAGGCUCAAAUGGCCUUGCUAACGCGAGGGACUUUUUGUACCCCAAGGCUAAUUACACUGUUACGCGUGAUGAUCCGUGGGAGAUCGUGUAUAAGCUCGGCGGUCGUUUCUUUAAGAGCACGCAGAACCACUGCCCGUUUGACGUUGUCGCUUGGCAUGGGAACUACGCGCCUUACAAGUAUGAUCUCACCAAGUUUGUCAACGUUGGGUCUAUCUCUGUUGAUCAUAUUGAUCCGUCCAUCUUUUGCGUUUUGACGGCUGCUUCGCGCGAUGCGAAUGCGCCGUUGGCGGACUUUCUCAUCUUUUCGCCGCGUUGGGAUGUCGCGUCGCAUACGUACCGACCACCAUAUUAUCAUCGCAAUGCAGCUUCGGAGCUGAUGGGGCUUAUUUACGGGGAGUAUGCGGGACGGUCUGAUGAGUUCCAGCCUGGUGGUGUAUCUUUUGAGUGCGGCUGGGUUCCUCACGGUGUAGCCUAUGAGGAAUUCAAAGCAGCAUCCGCUCAACCCCCGCCGCAGAUGCAAAUCUCCAAGGGCGCAGUGGCAUUCAUGUUUGAGAGCUGUAGACAACUGACCAUUACAGACUGGGCGUGGAACAGCAACAAGAAGCACGAGCACGAGCCCAAGAUGUGGGAUAACUUGGUCGACAACUUUUCCGAGCACCUUGAUGAGAUUAAUGAGAUCUUGGGGAAGAAGACCCUGUAA